AUGAAUAUCACAGUGUUAGAUAUACCCGCGAUGUCCUGUAUUCUGGUUGAAUUAGCGGUGUAUAGAACUCACGUUGUACAAGCACCUACUAUUGCGGAUGUCGCUGAAAUCGCAGACAGUUAUGGAUUUACCUUUGAACAGCAUGAACUAAUGGAAUAUCAAGAAGAAAUUAAGAGCUCACUGAAAAUGUUUGACAAGCUGGAAGAUUUCGUAGAACCACAACUACCCGUAAUAUAUCCACGUACGCCAGGUUGGGCACCGAAAAAUGAAGAAAACCCACAUAAUGCAUGGUGUUGGCGCUGUGAUAUUAAGGGAAGUAGUGAUGGCAAGCUAGCGGGUAAAACUAUCGCUAUCAAAGACAAUAUACCAAUAGCCGGUGUACCUUUACGCAAUGGAAGUCGCCUUUUCGAUGGAUAUACACCAGACUAUGAUGCAACUGUAAUUACCAAGAUACUGGGAGAAGGUGGAUGUAUCAUCGGCAAAUCAACCUGCGAAAAUUGCUGUGUAUCUUGUGGCAGUUGUACGUCUGUUAAUGGACCAGUAACUAAUCCUUACGAUACAACAAGAAUGACUGGUGGAUCUAGCACUGGUAGUGCUGUAUUGGUGUCAGUUGGUGCAGUUGAUAUGGCGCUUGGUACUGACCAGGGAGGCUCCAUACGUAGUCCAGCAUCAUCGUGUGGGAUUGUGGGAUUGAAACCAACAUUUGGGUUGGUACCAUAUACCGGUAUACUGUCAUUGGAGUCCACGUUUGACAAUGUAGGGCCAAUGACGAAAACGGUUUAUGAUUGUGCAUUACUAUUAGAGGUGCUUGCUGGAUACGACGAUGGAGUGGAUCCGAGACAACCACGUGAUUUAGUAGUACCUGAAUACACUAAACAACUCUCGCGGGAUUUGAAUGGAAUAAAAAUCGGUGUUGUCAAGGAGGGGUUUGGUACGUCCUCGUCUGAUAAAGAUGUGGAUGAUAUAGUGAGACAAGCUGCCAGACAAUUUACCAAGACUGGUGCAUCAGUAGAUGAGAUUUCGAUACCUAUGCAUUCAGUUGGUGGCACAAUAAGGCGCGGGAUACUAUUACAAGGCGCGGUUUCAACAUUUUCGAGAGGUUUUAAUUAUGGUAGUAAAGGAUUUCAUCCAACCAGCUUGUUUGAUAGCAUUCACCACUCCUUCAAAUCCAGGCCUAAUGAUGCGCCUGUUAGAGUCAAGCAAAACAUGUUGGCAGGCGAGUAUCUAAAUCGCAACUACGGCGGAAUGAUAUAUGCAAAGUGCAAAAAUCUGGCAAUAGAACUUGGAAAGAAAUAUGAUGCUUCUUUGAAUGAUUAUGACGCAUUAGUGAUGCCCACAUUGACACGUCAGAGUCCGCAGUUUCCCCAGAAAAACGUGUCAUUGAAAGAUCUGAACACUGCAUUACAUAACAACGUGUCCAACCUCGGUGGCUUCAAUAUCACAGGUCAUCCCGCCAUUACUAUUAACACUGGUAACAAAGUAGAUGGACUUCCUGUCGGCAUGAUGAUUGUGGGAAAGCACUUCGAUGAGAAUAUUCCUAGAAGUCCAUCCGUACGCCUGCCCACUGACAGGGAAAUUGAGGACAUUGCUGAACACCAUAGGUUAAAUCUUAGCAAAGCAGAAUUCCAAGCAAUUCAAAAUGAGAUUCAUGAAUCAUUAAAGGACUACGACUUAUUGGAUGAUUGUGAGGAUGUAGAAACUUAUAUCAAAUAUCCUCGCACGCCAGGUCAAAGACCAAAACCCGCUGAGAACGUUCAUAAUGGAUGGUGUUGGCGAUGUGAUAUUCCAGGGGCUGGUAAUGGCAAACUAGCUGGUAAAACCUUUGCUAUUAAAGACAGUAUAUCGAUAGCUGGAGUACCACUACGAUUUGGUAGUCACAUUCUCCAUGGUUACACCCCAGACUACGACGCCACUGUGGUUACCAGGAUACUAGAUGCAGGUGGUCACAUCAUCGGGAAAUCUACUACCGAAGAUUUCAGCAUAUCGGGAAGCAGCUUUACCUCGUCUAGUGGACCGGUGAAAAAUCCACAUGAUGCUUCCAGAGCCGCUGGAGGAUCUAGUAGUGGUAGCGCUACAUUGGUGGCACAUGGAGUGGUAGACAUGGCGCUAGGUACAGACCAGGGAGGCUCAAUUCGUGGGCCAGCAUCCUGGUGUGGCAUAGUUGGGCUGAAACCAACGUGGGGUCUGGUUCCGUACAGUGGUAUAUUUGCCAUGGAGCCGACAGUCGACCACGUGGGACCGAUGACAAAGAAUGUGUAUGACUGUGCUUUAUUACUUGAGGUACUAGCUGGUUACGAUAACGGGUUUGAUCCAAGACAACCAGUCGGAAUAACAGUGCCAGAAUAUACUAAACAGGCAAAUUUAUCUGGUAUCAGAGUAGGUAUGUUGGCGGAGGGAUUUCAACAUCCUGGUGGUGAAUAUGAAGUUAAUAAUAUCGUCAAAUCUGCAGCUCAUCGGCUACAAGAAGUAGGAGCGACCAUAGAAGACGUAUCAGUACCAAUGCACAUAGGUGUGAGUGUAGUUGUUCAUUGGGAGAUAGUUCGCCGUGGUAUCCAUCACUUAGUGUCAGGGAAUAGUUUUAUUGGGACUAAAGGAGAAUAUGUAACAAGUCUGGAAGACACAUUACAUAACACAUUUCAAUCACAGAAGAGUCAAAUGAGCCUGAAUUUAAAGCUCAUGUUCAUAACAGGGGAAUAUUUAAAGAGCAAUUAUGGGCAACGUUUCUACGCGAAAUCUCGGAAUAUAGCAAGACAACUGACUGCCAAAUACGACGAAGUACUUGAGAACUACGACGUCCUCGUGUUGCCUACGAGACCCAAAGCUGCUAAAAAAUUGCCUUCUAAAGACUUGUCUGUGAAAGAAUGCUUUGAUGAAUCGGCUGGCAAUGGUGUCAAUACUUUGCCUUUCAACGUCACUGGCCACCCUGCUAUAAGUAUCAAUGCUGGAUUCAAAGCAGACGGACUUCCUGUGGGCAUGAUGAUUGUAGGGAAACACUUUGAUGAAAGCACUGUGCUAAAAGUAGCGUAUGCAUUCGAAAAACUCACCGAACCAAAAUUAGCAAAAUAA